ACUAAUUAAUUUUUAUUAAUUAAGAAAAAAAUUAAUUAAUAAUAAUAAUCGAUGGUAAAAUGUCAAUCGAAGCAACAUUUUUAUUUUUUGGAAUUUGUUUUAUCAAAUUUAUCCUCGCGCAAGAAAUUGUUAAAAUGAUGGUGGUGAUUGAAGGUACGGACAGACAUGUAUUAAAUUUUAUUAAAAAUAUUUUACCGGAGGCGGUUAAAGCUGCGGGUGGAACUGAAAAAAUAGAUGUUCAACUUGUUGAAGUUGAAUUAGAUCGGAAUAAUGUCACAGAAAGUAAAAAACAAGUUUGCGAAGCAUUGGCCGACGGAAUCGCAGUAACACUGGACAUGACCCACACAGGCUGGGACAACGUUCGUGAUAUCGUGAUCAACAAUUCAAUAAUUUAUCUGCGUUCAGACGGAAGCAUAAUCCCGUUUAUACAAGCCACCGACGACUUACUGAAGAAAAAGAAUGCGACUGAUUUUGCGCUGAUUUUUGAAAAUCCCUCGGAUGUAGAUCCUGCGCUGUUUUAUCUACUGGGCGCAUCUAGACUUCGGCUGGUGAUUAUUGAUAACUUCAACAAUGCUUCUAUGCACAAGUUACGUGAUAUGAAACCUCAGCCGUCGCAUUAUAUGAUUUAUUCCAGCACUAAAGGAAUGGAAAAAUUGUUCCAAAUGGCCCUUGCUGGGAACUUGGUAAAAAGAUCCGGAGUAUGGAACUUAGUUUUCACAGACAUGGACUACAAAAACUUUCGAUACAUAAAAGGACCAGAAGUUUUGGAACACUCUAUAGGAAUUUUUUCUAUGAAUGACAGUAUCUGCUGUAUUUUGAUUGGAAAACUAACCUGUGACUGCCCUCCAGAUUUUAAGAUUUUCGAUUCGUAUAUACAACUAUUGAUAAACCAGCUAGUGGUGACACUGGCGUUGAUCAACAGUGAACCGGGUGCCAAAUUGAAGUCGAUCAAGGGGAACUGUUCUCCGAAGCACCCGGAACAAGGGGACGAAAUAAUCCAGAAAUUCAAGAAUACUAUUAUGACCGUCACCGAAAAAAGAAUUGCGUUGGAGUAUAUGCCGAAAUCGUCGAUAGCAGUCUAUCAGGCAGUGAUCGAUAUCGAAAUAUUGAAGAAUGGAACAUUGACGCCGUUGGCAGAAUGGACUAAGGAUUCAUUGAUACCUUUUCCAGGUCAAGUGAUUGUUGCUAGUCAUCCUCACUUUCGCAUUGGAACCACUGCGUCAGUACCAUGGGUAACAAUUCACACAGAUCACUUAGGUAGGCCUUUAGAAGACGCGAACAACCGCGUAAUAGCCGAGGGCUACUGCAUUGACUUCAUCGAAGAACUUUCCAAAAAAAUGAGGUUCUCUUACGACUUGAUCGUUCCUAAAGACGGAAAAUUCGGGGAAAAAUCAGAAGACGGUUCCUGGAACGGACUCGUCGGUGAUUUAGCCAAUGGUAAAACAGACAUUGCGAUAGCUUCAUUGACGAUGACAUCGGAAAGAGAAGAAGUUAUUGAUUUUGUAGCGCCUUAUUUUGAACAAUCUGGAAUACUUAUUGUAAUGAGAAAACCAGUAAAAGAGACAUCACUAUUUAAAUUCAUGACUGUGCUCAAAUCAGAAGUAUGGCUGAGUAUUGUAGGCGCGCUUGUUGCCACCGCACUAAUGAUCUGGAUAUUGGACAAAUAUUCGCCCUACAGUGCUAGUAACAACAAACAACUCUACCCAUAUCCUUGCAGAGAAUUCACGCUCAAAGAAAGUUUCUGGUUCGCCUUAACCUCAUUCACACCCCAAGGAGGGGGAGAAGCGCCAAAAGCACUUUCAAGCCGUGUUUUAGUCGCCGCUUAUUGGUUAUUUGUUGUCUUAAUGUUGGCGACAUUUACUGCUAACUUAGCUGCCUUUUUGACUGUCGAAAGGAUGCAAGUACCAGUACAAUCACUGGAGCAACUAGCAAGACAAUCGAAAAUUAAUUACACAGUUGUUAAUAAUUCUAAUGCUUAUCAGUAUUUUAGUAACAUGAAAAAUGCUGAAGAUACUCUUUACAGGGUAUGGAAACAAAUAACAUUGAACAGUACAAGCGACCAAUCAGAGUUCAGAGUAUGGGAUUAUCCGAUAAAGGAACAAUAUGGUCAUAUUUUUCAAACAAUUAAAACCGUUGGUCCUGUUGCUAAUGCUAGUGAAGGUUUUGAGAAGGUUUUAGAGAGCACAAAAGCGGAAUUUGCUUUUAUACACGAUUCAGCCGAAAUUCAGUACCAAGUAACAAAAGAUUGCAACCUAUCAGAAAUAGGAGAAGUUUUUGCCGAACAGCCUUACGCCGUAGCAGUCCAGCAGGGGAGUCAUUUACAAGAAGAAAUAAGCCGAGCAAUUCUAGAUCUGCAAAAGGACAGAUUUUUUGAGCGACUGUCUGACAAGUACUGGAACUCGUCUUUGAAAGACAGGUGCCCAAACAUGAACGAAAAUGAGGGUAUCACUCUAGAGAGCCUAGGGGGCGUCUUCAUCGCGACUUUGUUUGGGCUCGCCUUGGCGAUGAUCACUCUGGGAAUCGAGGUGCUCUAUCACCGAAGUAAGAACAACCUAGAUGAGGACAAAGCCAAGGAAGCCAAUGGUCGUCAUGUGAAGUCGCCGGUGUCGAAGCUCAUGAAGCCUAAGCUUCACCACUUGAAGCCAACGCCUACUGUCGCUUUUAUUGGACGGAACCGUGUGCUUAAACCUCGCGUUUCUCAUAUUUCUGUUUAUCCUAAGACUUUUCCGUAUAAAGAUUAAUUUAUUUUUGAGUCUUCACUUAUUGGAUAUUUUAAUGUCACUAGAGCAAUUUUUUCAAAUUUUUUAUUUAAAUUUUUUGGU